AUGCUGACACCAAUUACUUCAACAUUUACACACGAUGAUCAAUGGGAAAUUGAUAGGCGUAGUUUAAGAUUAAUUCAUCAAAUUGGGGCUGGACAAUUUGGAGAAGUUUGGGAAGCAAGAUGGAAAUCUUCAACACCCGUUGCUGUUAAAAAAUUAAAGCCGGGUUCGACUGCUUGUGUUGAUGAUUUUUUGACUGAAGCACAAAUAAUGAAAAGAUUAAGACAUCCAAAAUUAUUACAAUUAUAUGCUGUUUGUACAAGAGAAGAACCUUUUUUAAUUGUUACUGAAUUAAUGCAAGAAAAUUUACUUCAUUUUCUGCAAGGAAAUGGUAGAAAAUGUAAUAUACAUCAAUUAGUUGAUGUUUCUGCACAAAUAGCUUUUGGAAUGAGUUAUUUGGAGGAAAAGAAUUUUAUUCAUAGGGAUUUGGCUGCAAGAAAUAUUUUAAUUUCACAUCCAUUCGUUGUUAAAAUUGCAGAUUUUGGUUUAGCUCGUUUAAUUCGCGAAAAUGAAUAUGAGGCUAGGGAAGGGGCUAGAUUUCCAAUUAAAUGGACAGCACCAGAAGCAGCUACUCACAAUAAAUUUACAGUUAAAUCGGAUGUUUGGUCUUUUGGUAUUUUGUUAACAGAAUUAGUAACUUUUGGCCGUAUUCCAUAUCCUGGAAUGAGCAAUACAGAAGUUUUGCAUAAAGUAGAGGAAGGAUAUAGAAUGCCUAUACCUCCAAACUGUCCAGCUAUUUUAUAUGAAAUUAUGCUACAAUGUUGGCAUAAAGAUCCAGAGAAAAGGCCAACAUUUGAAACAUUACAUUGGAAAUUGGAUGAAUUAUUUACUUGUGAUGGGUCGGAAUAUAAAGAAGCCGUUAUGAGCUAUUAA